AUGUCAGGAGACGAGAUGAUUUUCGAUCCCAACAUGACUAAGAAGAAGAAAAAGAAGAAGAAGCCCUUCAUGCUGGAUGAGGAAGGAGGUGAGGGGGUAGGAGGAGAAGAAGCAAAAGAGGUGGAAGCCAAGGAGGCAGAGCCAGAGAUUGGAGAAGACAAGGAGGUGGAUUUCGAUGAAGAUGAAGGCAGAAAAAAGGAACUGUCCGAUGAUUUGAAUGAUCUCAACUUCUUCAACCAAAAGAAAAAGAAGAAGAAGAAACCAAAAGUUUUUGGGAAUGAUGUAGAAGAAGGAUUAAAGGAACUGAAAAUCGAGGGAGAGCCCACCGAGGAGCUCGAGGAGGACAGCCUAGAUUUGAAGCUCCCUAAGAAGAAGAAGUCAAAGAAAGUCGACUUUGAUGAGGGAGAGUCCUUGGAAAAAGAUGAUGCUCAGGAGGAUGAUGAGGGUAAGAACAACGAUGGGAUUUCAUUCAUUUCCCCUACUGGACCAGCGUGGGCAGGCACGGAAAGAGACUACACGUAUGAUGAGCUCCUAAACAGAGUUUUCAACAUCAUGAGGGAAAAAAAUCCAGACAUGGUGGCUGGAGAGAAGAGGAAAUUUGUAAUGAAGCCCCCUCAGGUGGUCCGAGUGGGAACCAAGAAAACGUCCUUUGUCAACUUCACAGAUAUCUGCAAACUGUUGCAUCGUCAGCCUAAACAUCUUCUCGCUUUUCUGCUGGCUGAGCUGGGAACCAGCGGCUCUAUAGAUGGAAAUAACCAGCUUGUGAUCAAAGGCAGAUUUCAACAGAAACAGAUAGAAAACGUGUUGAGAAGAUAUAUCAAGGAAUACGUGACGUGUCACACCUGCCGCUCCCCAGAGACCAUCCUGCAGAAGGACACUCGUCUUUACUUUCUGCAGUGUGAGACGUGCCACUCCCGCUGCUCUGUCGCUAGCAUCAAGACUGGCUUCCAGGCUGUGACGGGCAAGAGAGCGCAGCUCCGCGCCAAAGCCAACUAAAGGCCAAGAAACCUGGCCCUCGCCCCAUCCCUCUCCCUAUGACCUCCUUUUCCCAGAAGCUGGGGUCCAGACGGCCUUGAUGAUUUGCA